ACUUCUGCUUUGAAACCUGUUAAGGUCACCCUAGACAUCAGUGUUUCCUGUAACAUAACCUGAGGUUUCACACCACGCGUUCUAACAAGCUGCUGCAGAGAUGCCUUCUUAUUACUGGACUGCCUACAAUUCCACUGCCAAAUACUAAAUGGUCUAAUACAGCAGUCUUGAUCAUGUAAAUUUGUUGAACUUGUUCUGAGCUUAAAGGGACACUAAGGACAAAUAUUAAGUCAAGCUAAAGUAAUAGAUUAGUGCUCGAGAAUCACUUAGUGGAAUGCCAAAGUUCUGAUAUUAAGGGUUUCGGGAAUGAUGCUGAAAUUGUCCUGUUAGGUGACAAGAAUGCCCACGCACAGGAUCUAGAUGGCUAUGCCGACAACAACGAGAAGUCAAUACUAGAUGUUUGUAAGCAACAAGCGGACCACGGGGGAGUUAUGAAACCGGCAAUUGACAUUACUGCCUGAUGACAGAAGGAAUCCAUGCAUCGAGGCCUUUAAUUUCUGCAUCAACUGCCAAAUGUGACAACUCAAAGCAAGGAUGCUUCCACCGAUGUCAGCUAUGUGACUAUGAGACUGAUGAACUAUUUCUUCUGGAAGAACAUGCCAGCGACCAUACUGGCGAGAAACUGUUUCAUUGCCCUUUAUGCCCUCAGAGCUUUCCACAGAAGCAGAGACUGAAAACCCACCUGCUCACCCACACAAUCAAGACGCCAUUUCAGUGCACUUCAUGCUUUCGGAGCUUCUCGGAUAAGGCUCACCUGAAAGACCACUUGCGCAUCCAUACGGGCGAGAAACCGUUUCAUUGCCUUUUAUGCCCUCAGAGCUUUUCUCAAAAGUCCAACCUGAAAACCCACCUGCUCACCCACACAGGCGAGAAGCCAUAUGAAUGCCCUUCAUGCUCUCAACGCUUCUCGCGCAAGCCUUACUUGAAAGCCCACCUGUACAGCCACACAGGCGAGAAGCCAUAUCAGUGCCCUUCAUGCUCUCGGGGCUUCUCCCGAAAGGGCGACCUGAAAGUGCACCUCCUCACUCACUCAGGCGAGAAGCCAUUUGAGUGCCCUUCAUGCUCGCAGGCAUUCUCACAAAAGUAUCACCUGAAAGAGCACCUGGUGACUCACACAAGCGAGAAGCCAUUUGACUGCCCUUCAUGCUCUCAGAGCUUCUCACGAAAGAGCAACCUGAAAGUCCACCUGCGCACCCACACAGGCGAAAAGCCAUUUCAGUGCCCUUCAUGCUCUCGGAGCUUCUCGAUAAAGACCUCCCUGAAAGAACACCUGCGCAGCCACACAGGCGAGAAGCCAUAUCAGUGCCCUUCAUGCUCUCAGAGCUUCUCGCAAAAGGGCAGUCUCAGGAGACAUGAGAGGAGAAGCCAUUUCAGUGCCCACUCUGCCUUCAGAGAUUCUCGUUGAAGAAUGCCCUGGAGAUACACCAGUGCAUUCAUACAGGUGACCGGCCAUAAAGUUGCACUGUCUGCUCCAGGUCCUCAUCACUUGAACAGAUUAAAGAGAGCACAGCACCAUGGUGCUGUAAUGUAGGUCAACACUCUUGUUGA